AUGGGCGCCAAGACAUCUGAAGACGAUCAAUCUGGAGGAAAUGGUCAAGGACCACUCUCUUCCAAAGCCUCCUCCGCAGGUGGAGAACCACGCGGUGUACAUCUCGCCCGUGAUGGAGACGGCGACCUGGGCGGCGAAGGGGGCGACGACGACGACGAUGACAUUAACGAUGCCACCUCCGUACCGUUAACAGCGGAUGGUGCUGGUAAGAAAAAGAAAAAGAGAAAGCCAAAGAAGAAGAAGAAGGCUCCUACACAACAGUCUUCGCCUCCCAGAGUGCCCCUGAGCGAUCUUUUUGCAAACAAGAAUUAUCCGACUGGCGAACUUCAGGGCUAUUCUGAGGACUUCAACACGGCUCGUACUACCGCUGAGGAAGUACGCUACAAGAGCCGUCGACAGCUUGAGGAUCCUGCAUUUCUCAAUGACUAUCGCAAAGCUGCUGAAGUACAUCGUCAAGUCCGACAGUGGACUCAAGACAACGUCAAGCCUGGCGAUACGCUGAUUGACAUCGCCAAUGGCAUCGAGGAUGGCGUGCGCGCACUUCUGGGUAAUCAGGGUAUAGAGCCUGGAGACAACCUCAAGUCUGGAAUGGGCUUUCCAACGGGUCUUUGUCUGAACCAUGAGACCGCACAUUACACGCCUAAUCCCGGCCAGAAAGAUGUCGUUCUCAAGUACGAGGAUGUCAUGAAGGUGGAUUUCGGCGUGCAGAUCAAUGGCUGGAUCGUCGAUAGUGCUUUCACCAUGUCAUUUGAUCCUACGUAUGACAAUCUUUUGGCUGCGGUCAAGGAUGCUACAAACACUGGACUCAAGGCCACCGGAAUCGACGUUCGUAUCUGCGAUGUCAGCGCUGCGAUUCAAGAAGCCAUGGAGAGCUACGAGGUGGAGAUCAACGGCAAGACAUACCCUGUGAAGCCGGUCCGCAACAUCUCAGCGCAUAACAUCAAGCACUACCAGAUCCACGGCGGAAAGUCAAUCCCGUUCAUCAAGAACCGCGAUAAGACUAAGAUGGAAGAAGGUGAAGUGUUUGCCAUUGAGACGUUUGGUACAACCGGCACCGGACGGCUGCAUGACGAUGUCGGCAUUUACGGCUAUGGCUUGCAGAAUGAUGCGCCCAAGCAAGUUAAGCUGCCUUUUACAUCAGCCAACAAAUUGUACAAGGUCAUCAGAGAGCAGUUCGGCACUAUUGUGUUCUGCCGUCGCUAUCUAGAGCGUCUCGGUGCCGAUCGGUAUCUAGCCGGUUUAAACUCCCUCGUUUCUCACGGAAUACUUGAAGCGUAUGAACCGCUCGCGGACAUCAAGGGGUCUUAUUCGGCACAGUUCGAACACACGGUCCUGCUUCGGGAGUCGACCAAGGAAGUUAUUAGUCGUGGAAGCGACUACUGA